AUGACAGACUAUAGUAAAACUAAUCAAAUAAAUAAACGGUUAAACCUAUCGCCAAUAUCACAUCCAUUGUCCAUAUCAUGGCAUAACAUACGAGUGCAGAGUCGACUGUCGACAUCAACCGCUAUGGACACCAUAUUUUGCCGUAAAAAUAGUGGACAACAAACGGUUGAUAUCAUUAAAAAUGUGUCGGGUGAUGUAAAAUCUGGUCAAUUGUUGGCCAUAAUGGGCGCCAGUGGGGCCGGAAAGACAACACUACUAAAUGUAUUGACGGCCAGACAUCUAUCGAAAUUGUUAGUCGACGGUGAGGUCAAACUAAAUGGACAACCGGUCGAUAGCAAUACAAUGUCAUCGGUUUCAGCUUAUGUACAGCAAAUGGAUUUGUUUGUACCGGUGCUCACUGUUAGAGAGCAUCUCAUAUUUCAUUCAUUGUUACGAAUGGAUACCCGAUUGACAGCAAAUGAAAGGACUGAACGGGUGAACCAAUUGAUGAUUGAUUUUUCAUUAAACAAAUGCUCAGACAGUCGUAUAGGAAGUAAUACUACUUUCAAAGGUAUCUCUGGAGGAGAAGCCAAAAGAUUGUCAUUUGCUUCAGAGAUUAUGACUAACCCGUCGAUAAUGUUUUGCGAUGAACCGACCAGUGGUUUGGACUCAUUUAUGGCCGAAAACAUAGUUCAAGUAAUGAAACAAAUGGCUAGUAAUGGUCGCACAGUUAUCUGUACUAUACAUCAGCCGUCAUCGCAAGUAUUCAAACUGUUUGAACAGUUAUUGCUGAUUGCCGACGGAAGGGUAGCAUUUAUGGGCAAAAUUGACGAUGCCUACAAUUUUUUCUCAACUAUCGGUUAUACAUGUCCGACAAAUUUCAAUCCCUGCGACUAUUAUAUCGAACAAUUGGCUGUAAUUCCUGGUAAAGAAAUUGAAUGCAAAAACAAAAUUGAUGAAAUAUGUAAUAAAUUUACCGAAUAUUCUUCGGGAACUGAUUUGAAACCAUCGAUUGCUAACAACUCAUUCCAGUCGUUGUUGACUAAGAAAUCAUUUCCGGAUAUACUAACUGAUGCACCAAAAUAUCGGUCAAAUUGUUUGCGACAGUUUCGGGCAGUGAUGUGGCGAUCGGCACUUGUUGUCCUACGGGAGCCAAUGAUUACACAGAUACGGAUAGUGCAGACUAUGAUAGUUUCCCUAAUACUCGGUGUCGUCUAUUUUAAUCAAAAAUUAGACCAAAAAGGUGUUAUGAAUAUCAAUGGCGCCCUAUUUCUCUUACUAACAAAUAUGACAUUUCAAAAUGCUAUGGCAGUUGUCAAUACCUUCUGUGCCGAACAGCCCGUAUUUUUUAGGGAUCAUCACAACGGCAUGUAUAGAGUGGACGUAUAUUUUGUGUCCAAAACAAUUGCUGAAAUACCGGUUUUUAUAUUGAUUCCCACAAUAUUUGUAUCGAUUUACUACUAUAUGGUUGGCUUUAAUCCACGUUUUGAUCACUUUAUUAUAAUGAUAAUUAUCGGCAAUUUGUCCACACAGUGUGCCGUCUCAUUUGGCUAUCUAAUGUCGUGUAUGACCUCAACGGCAACAAUGGCCCUAUCAAUGGGUCCGCCGAUACUCAUACCAGUCAUACUUUUUGGCGGAUUUUUGCUAAACAAUGCGUAA